AUGAUUACUUCGAGUUUCUCAGAAAAAUGUACAUCAGUUAUUAACGGAGCUCCAAGUUGGGCGGUCUUCUUUCUUUUUGACCUCCUCGACUAUUUUCUUUGUAUCGUUUUCAGAUUCCUCGACGAAGUUAUGGAAGAAAAAUCAGAGUCUUGUCAUUGUAAUAACCCUCGAGAGAAAACACAUUUUGCAGAAUACGAGUUCCUUUCGGAGACUCUCUAUCGGAGGAGAAACGUUUUCCGACAGGCCGGUUUUCUCCGGUUUGCGAAUAAACUCCCUGAGAUAACCAAGAAAAUAGGUAUCGUUACUUUCCUGAGAAAAUUUCUUUUUCCUCAUACAAUGAACAAAGUCUCUCAUGAGGUUGCAAACCGGUGGUCUGAUUGUGGUUGCAAGACUUGUGUUUCUUGGAUCAACACUGAUAAACUUAACGUAAUCGUCAAGCAACCUUCAAUAUCAGAUUUGUCGAUAAGCAACAAACCGGUAGAGAACGUUAUUUUCGUACACGGAUUUUUGGCAUCUUCAUCGUUUUGGACCAACACAGUGUUCAAAUAUCUACCAGAGACCACCGAGGGAACUAACUACAGAUUCUUUGCUAUCGAUCUUCUUGGAUUUGGAGACAGCCCGAAACCAAGAGCCAGUCAGUAUUCGUUGAAAGAACAUGUCGAAAUGAUCGAAAAAUCGGUUAUUUUACCAAAUAAUUUGACUUCAUUCCAUGUUGUCGCACACUCCAUGGGAUGCAUCAUUGGAAUAGCCUUAGCUGCAAAAUUCUCCGACAGCGUCAAGUCUGUCGCAUUAGUAGCUCCCCCGUAUUUUGCUGAUUCAAAAGGAGGAGCAAGUUGUGCUGCUCUUGAUGUGGUCGCUAAGAAGAAACUUUGGCCACCAGCUUCGUUUUUCACGGCGAUGAUGUGUUGGUAUGAACACAUUGGCCGUGGCGUUUGCUUGGUCUUUUGUAGGCACCACCGUACAUGGGAGAGGAUCAUCAAAAUUGUAACUUGGAGAAGGAAACUACCGACAGCGAUAAUGGAUUUUACAAAGCACACACAUCAAUCAGGAUGGCAUAGCAUGCACAAUGUAAUAUGCGGAGGAGCGAAAUUCACGGAUAAACACCUUGAAACUUUGAUAAAAUCCGGUGUUAAAAUCAAUGUGAUGCAAGGGGAUAAAGAUGUUGUUGUUCCUAUUGAUUGUCUAUCGAACAUGAAAGGAAAGUUCCCUGCGGUUGAAGUCGAGGUUAUCGCUGGGACUGAUCAUAGUACGGUCAUAAUGAGUAGGAGAGAGGUCUUUGCUGCAAACCUUGUAAGUUUGUGGGCUACUUCCGAAAAGAAACAAAAGGUAUAG